AUGGCCUUCAGAACGCUGCUGCUCGCAGCACUGCCGCUCGCUAGUGCCCAAGUCGGUGGCAUUGGGUCAAGUGCGGCGCCGUAUCCGGACGUCGUCUAUCCAAAUGCUACGCAUGUCACAAGUGGUGCAGAAUCGGAGCAAACAUCGCCGCCUGAGUACCCAUCACCCUGGGGAGAAGGCCUCGGCGACUGGGCUGAUGCUUACGCAAAGGCUCAAGCAUUCGUGUCGGGUCUGACGCUGACCGAGAAGGUCAACAUAACGACCGGUACUGGGUGGGAGUCUCAGAAAUGUGUUGGUAACGUCGGUUCUGUUCCAAGACUUGGCUUCAAGGCGCUGUGCAUGCAGGACUCGCCGCUUGGCGUCCGAGACACUGACUUUAAUUCUGCAUUUCCUGCUGGAGUAACGAUCGCAGCGACCUGGGACCGUGGCCUGUUCUACCAGCGUGGAUAUGGCAUGGGCUCAGAACAUCGUGACAAGGGAGUCGAUGUUCAGCUAGGUCCCGUCGUGGGCCCUCUUGGGCGUGCUCCUGAGGGAGGGCGGAACUGGGAAGGCUUUGCACCAGACCCCGUGCUUUCAGGUAUUGCUGUUGCUGAGACGGUCAAAGGCAUCCAGGAUGCAGGUGUCAUGGCGUGCACGAAGCAUUACAUCCUCAACGAGCAGGAACAUUAUCGACAAGGACCACCUCCUGCAAAUUUGACCGCAGCAUACUCCUCCAAUCUAGACGACAUCACCAUGCACGAGCUCUAUUUGUGGCCAUUUGCUGAUGCCGUGAGGGCUGGCACUGCCUCGAUUAUGUGCUCAUACAACCAGAUCAACAAUAGCUAUGCUUGCCAGAACAGCUAUACUCAGAACUAUCUGCUCAAGAACGAGCUCGGUUUUCAGGGGUUUGUCAUGACCGACUGGGGCGCACACCACUCCGGAGUCGCUUCCGCCCUCGCCGGCCUCGAUAUGAGCAUGCCCGGUGAUAUCGGCUUCGACUCUGCAACUUCAUACUGGGGAACCAACCUCACCGUGGCAGUGCUCAACGGCUCAGUGCCUCAGUGGCGCCUCGAUGACAUGGUCACUCGGAUAGUCGCGGGAUGGUACUACGUCGAUCGCGAGAACCACCAAGUCCAGGACGCUCCUAACUUCUCAGCCUGGACACUGGAUACCUACGGCUAUGAGCACGACUAUGCCAUGGAAGACUAUGCCCAAGUGAACUUCCACGUGGAUGUGACUGAAGAUCACGGAGCACAGAUCCUCUUUGGGAGCGAUGCUGGCCCGAACACCUGGGGACCGAAUGGCUGCAGCGACCGCGGCUGUGACAAUGGAACCUUGGCCAUGGGCUGGGGCAGCGGCACUGCAAACUUUCCCUACCUCAUCACGCCCGAUGCGGCCAUUCAGAAUCAAGUCGUGCAGAACGGAAAGGGAUUCUACGAAUCGAUAUUGGACGACUACGUAUAUCCUCAGAUCCAGGCUCUCGCACGGCGUGCGGAUGACGUCAAUGGCGUUUGUAUCGCAUUUGUCAAUUCGGACUCAGGUGAAGGCUACAUUGUGGUUGACGGUAACGAAGGCGACAGAAACAACCUUACUCUCUGGCACGACGGUGAUGCCUUGAUUGCUAAUGUCACAUCACAAUGUAGCAACACCGUUGUUGUCAUCCAUUCCGUUGGUGCAGUCAACAUUGAAACUUUCUAUGACAACCCGAACGUUACUGCAAUCGUCUGGGCGGGUAUCCCAGGGCAAGAAUCUGGCAAUUCUCUCGUGGAUAUCCUUUAUGGUCAUGAAUCACCUGGGCGCACACCAUUCACCUGGGGCACCUGGAGAGGAUCAUGGGGUACAGAUCUUUUGUACCAUCCAAACAAUGGAGUCGAUGCUCCUCAAUUGGACUUUGCAGAAGGCAUCUUCAUCGACUACAGAGGCUUCGAUGCUCUAGGUGAAACGCCACUUUAUGAGUUCGGCUAUGGCCUAUCCUGGACGACAUUCGAGUAUUCCAAUCUACAGAUCACUCCUCAGCCAUCAAACUUCAGCUACUCGCCAGCGUCUGGAAGCACUUCCGCAGCUCCAACAUAUGGUACCAUCGCCAAUGAUUCCAGCCAAUAUCUCUGUGAAUCCGGAAUGCACUUCAUCAAUGCGUAUAUCUACCCAUGCCUUAACAGCACAGAUUUGAGCACAGCCGGCAACGAUCCCGAGUACGGCAGUGCAGUCACCUAUCCGAAUGGCGCCUACGACGACAGUCCGCAAGCCGUGUGCCUGCUGGUGGCGGUCCCGGCGGCAAUCCUGCUCUCUACAAUCGACGAGGUACCACAGCUGUAUGUCAGCCUAGGUGGACCGAAUGACGCAGCCGUGGUCUUGCGAGGUUUUGAGCGCCUCACCAUUGCACCUGGCGCAAGCGCGACAUUCACAGUUGGUCUGACGAGACGAGACAUCUCUAAUUGGGAUCCUGUGAGCCAAAACUGUCUAUGUUGGGUCCUCCUCAAGGAAUCUGCCUCUCAAGGCGCCCUAGACACUUCUGGACUGCUUGGCUCCGGCGGUAUGAGCGGAGGCGGCACCACCAUGACGGCGAUGCCUAUGUCAUCCUCGGUGCCAUCGUCCAUGGUGAUGCCACCCUUACCUCCUUCCACACAAUCUGCGACUUCUGCAAUGAGCUCUAUGACCAUGGCGCAGCCGCCUGCACCACCAACUGCAAGCACAACGGUGGUUCCCCCGGUCGAUCCCUUCGGCGCUGGCACCAGUUAUACCAUCACCAACGCGCCCACUGUUGUUGAAAUAGAGGGCACGAUUACAAGAACGCUCCUUCCGGCUUCUCCAGUACCGAACAAUGGAAAUACAGACUCUCCACAAAGUGACAAUGCUGGCGGCAUCACAGAUUCGCCGGCCGGUCAACUGACGUCUUCUCUCGUCGGAUAUACAUUGACACAAUCGCAAGGAACUUAUAUAUGGUCUCUACCAGAUAUUGAGAUCUCGUUCUCUAGCGCGACUCCGACCGAUGACGAGACUGGACCACAAAGCAGCAACGUGGCAUCUGGAACCGACCUGGAUGGGUCAUCCGCAACCACGCUGGACGGUACUCCAGCAACCGAUAGCUCGGGCGAGGAGCUACAGGGAAUACCGGACUGGUGUUGGUGGUGUUGCUCCAGGACUGAAUUCGGCCUCCGGAACAACAAGUCAAUCAAGCUCGACAUCGAAUUCGAGAUCCAGUCUGACAUUGCGUCCGACAUCAGGAUCUCUCCAGGCCACAUCAGCACCCUUCGCGACAGGUCAGACCACAUCGAGUCAAAUUGGCACAGCCGCCAGUGCGCAGGCAAGUCCUCCGCGUUCUUCGUCUCUUGUGACGGCUACUUCCACCCUUCGCUCAUCUGCGCCCGCAACCGGAACCGCUACCUCGCGCGCAGCAUCUACGACAACGGCUUGACCACAGGUUCCGUCACUGAUAUCCCUGUCACAGAGGACUUCAUUUUUCUUGCCUACAGCACAAUCUCUCCGGCUCCGGGAGGAGUGUCAUCGUCAUCGUCAACAUCAGUCGAAGAUCCUUCUCUUGAGCAGAUACGCAGAAGAAAUCUUCUCCAACGUCAAGUCAAUUCGGCAGAAACUACCGCAUCUGCGGUCAAGCUGGUCGAUCUAUCGCCAACAGCUGUCGCUGCUCUGCCAGCCGAUAACUGCGACGGUUCCACCCCAAUCAUUCUAUCGGACGGCACCCUGAAGACGAGCAACGGGACUGUGGCAAAGUCUCCAGGUGUCUCCGGGGCCCUGCUAGGCCCGUUGAUCGAUCCGUUAGAAGAUGAAGUCAACAAGACUUUGGCCAUAGACAAUGGUUUCCUCUCAUGGACCACUCCAGAUCAAGGUUUGGCACGUUUCUUCGACUGCGGAGGUGGUCUGAUGGUGGCAUUCGAAGACCCAGCAGAUCCUGCAUGCGCCGAGGUCGUCGUCGGAGCAAUCGCAGGCCGAGAAUGCAGUUCUCUCAUUGAACAGACGUCCACGGUGUCUGCAGACUUCACUGCUCCGGCACCCUCGUCCAAUGAGACCUCGACUGCGUCCACAUUCUCGUCUGAGCCCACGAACGAUGCGGAGACAUCAGAUUCAUCGACUUCGCCUGAGCCCACGAGCAGUGCGGAUACAUCAGAUCCAUCCACUUCGUCUGAGCCCACGAGCAGUGCGGACACACCGGUCCUAUCAACCUCCUCGGCCACAUCGAACCCACCGACUUCUUCGACCACAUCGCACGAGAACUCUAUCUCCGUCACAUCGUUUAGCUCCGUUUCCACCUCUGGCUCGACGACUAGAACAACCGCCUUCACCCUGCCACCUAAUUGCAACGAAGACAAUUGCUUGCGCAAUAUGUUGGAUCCACGUCUGACUUCGUCUGCUAGCUCGCUGUGCAGGGACUACACAACGACCAGCAUAGCAAUUCCAACAUACCUUGGUGGCUGUAAUGGCAAUCCUGACCGAGUGACCAGCGCCUGCUAUUGCCUCUCCAACUCUAACCCUCCGCCACCUCCAACGUCGAGGUCCGGCUCCUCAUCUGCAAGGAGCACUCUGACCACGACUAGCAGCAGCAUUCUCUUGACGAGCAGUGCUUCCCGUGGGGUCUCGCCCUCCCAAGCGGCCACAGACAGUAUUGAGACAUCGGAGAUUUCCUCAGAUAGCUCAUCAGGUAUCGUCGCGACUCAUCUUCAACAUACCUGGUGA